ACCGCCAUGCCAACAACAAUGGCAAUUAACAUUUUGACCCAAUCAAGUAAAAAAUGAUGGUUUCCUUAAUUAUUUCCACGGACGUUGUAACAAUUCGGUUUAAAGCCACCACAAUGUGCCCAGAACUAGUGAGGAAUCGUCGCGUGUGUGUCUAUAGAGGCUAAAUCUGGUGUGUGUCGCGUCUAACUGUGCCACAAAGACAACAAUAAGGCUAUCGCCGAAAAUCAUGAGUGAAGAACUAUUUUCCAUAUUAUUCUUCUUUAUAAUUCUGGGAACGCCGUUCUGCGGGGGCCAAGAUUGCGAGUAUUUAACAGAUCAACACACCUACAUAUGCGAAAAAAUCAUCCAUCAAUUCCCUAACUCGUAUUAUGGAAAUUAUCAGUUGCGAUGCCAAGACUGCCAGAUCCAGAGUUUCGACGCAAAUUCGUUUCCGUAUGAGAAUAAUCUGAAAGCUUUUAACCUUUCCCACAGCGGUUUGGAGUAUUUGGGCCCAAAAAGCUUUAAGAACUUCUUCAAUUUGCAGUUUUUGUACUUUCAUCAUAACAGCAUCCGAAACAUAUCAGCCGAAGCAUUUGAAGGCUUAAACGAGUUAUUUGAGUUGCAUUUGCAACACAAUCAACUUCAAACUGUUGUGGCAGGUUUCCUGACGGGCGUUUCUAGCAACUUUGUAAAUAUGUCUGCCAAUCGCCUGGAGAGUUUACCCGCAAAGGCUUUUGCUGGGUCCAACAGUAUGCUCAAUCUGGAUUUAUCGGAAAACGUACUUAAGGAUUUGCACAAGGAUACAUUCGAAAAGCUGGAUGAACUUGAGGAGUUGGAUCUGAGCUCGAAUUCCCUCUGCAAUUUGCCGCUGGGCGUGUUCAAAUCCAUGAAUCGUUUGAGGCGGUUGAAUUUAGCGAAGAAUAAGUUCAGAAGGAUCCACCACGGAGCAUUAUCCGGGCUGAAGAACUUGAACUUUCUGAUAUUGGCUCAAAAUCAGUUAACCAACUUUGAUCCAUCCGUUCUGCUGCCUUUGAUGCGCCUGACCAAGCUGGAUAUUAGCGGGAAUGCCAUUUAUACCUUCGAUGCCCAUGAGAUUCUUUUGAAUGUCCCCACAAUGCGAUUCAUCUCAUUCGAGGACAAUCUGUUUUCCUGUGUUCUACUGAAAAAUGUACUUCAGUUCUUCAAAGGAAAGCUGGUGGAAAUUGAAAACAACGUAUCGAGAUUUGAGUUUUUGAAUAGAAACGGUAUUGCUUGCAUUGAGGACUAUUCCAUCGAACAGAGCAUAUCGCUGGAAUAUUUCCUACAAAAGUCGAAGAAACAAGCGGAGCUGUUCAUGUCGACGAAUUAUUGUUGAAAAAUGCCUAUGUGUCAAGUUAAUAAAUUGUGUUUUUGAAUA